AUGCCGAGCAUCCUGGCUUACCAGAGCUCCGAGGUGGACUGGUGCGAGAGCAACUUCCUGUACUCACCGCUGGUAGCCGAGUUCUACAACACGUUCAGCAAUGUCACCUUCCUCAUUUUUGGGCCCCUCAUGGCAUUUCUCAUGCACUCGUACGUCCAGAAGCGCUCCCGCUACAUCUACUGCAUCAUGGCGCUCUUCGUGUGCAUAGGCUUCUUCUCCAUGUACUUCCACGCCACGCUCAGCUUCCUAGGCCAGCUGUUGGACGAGGUCGCCAUCCUGUGGAUGUUGGCCAGCAGCUACAGCAUCUGGAUGCCCCGCUGUUACUUCCCCACUUUCCUCAGGGGCAGCAGGUCUCAGUUCACCUGCAUGAUCCUGAGUGGCACCACGAUUGUCACCUUCCUGUCUGUCUUGAGGCCCACGAUCAAUGCCUACGCCCUCAACAGCAUUGCCCUGCAUGUGGUCUACAUGGUGCGCUUGGAGUACAAGAAGACCAGAAGCAGGCAGCUCCGGCACAUGAUUGGGGUAUCUGUGGUUCUGUGGGCCAGCGCCCUGGCCAGCUGGAUCAGCGAUCGCUUGUUCUGCAGCUUCUGGCAGCAGAUUCAUUUUUUCUAUCUGCACAGCAUCUGGCACCUACUCAUCAGCUUCACGUUCCCUUAUGGCUUUGUCACCAUGGCCUUGGUGGAUGCCAAGUAUGAGAUGCCGAGCCAGACCCUCAGAGUCCACUACUGGCCGCGGGACACUUGGCCCGUGGGGCUGCCCUACAUUGAGGUCCAGGCGGAUGACAAGAGUUGCUGA